GGGCGACGGGGCGUCGGGGCCGCCUGGCUGCUGCUGCUGAGCCAGCUCGGGGUGCAGCUCUCGCUGGCCUCCUCCUUCCUCACAGGAUCAGUUGCAAGAUGUGAAAAUGAAGGGGAAGUGCUGCAGAUACCAUUUAUCACGGACAAUCCUUGCAUCAUGUGCAUUUGCCUGAAUAAAGAAGUGACAUGCAAACGAGAGAAGUGCCCAACGCUUUCCAAGGAGUGUGCCCUAGUCGUUAAGCAGAGAGGAGCCUGCUGCGAGCGAUGCAAAGGGUGCACUUUUGAAGGAAAUGCCUACAACAGCUCUAUGGAAUGGCAAGUUCCAGCCAGGCCAUGUGUCACAUACCAAUGUCAGGAAGGAGUGAUAACAGAAUCUGAGAUCCAGUGUGUGGUUCAUUGCAAAAACCCUUCUAAACAGAUGGGGAUAUGUUGUCCCACAUGUUCAGGUUGUAUAUUUGAAGGUAGACAUUACAAGGAAGGGGAAGAAUUUCAGCCACAAGGGAACAAAUGCAUUAAGUGCUCUUGUAUUGGAGGCAGGACACAGUGCAUACAAGAAGUCUGUCCUAUUCUGUCAUGUCCCCAGCACCUCAGUCACAUUCCUUCUGGACAAUGUUGCCCCAAAUGUUUAGGCCAGAGGAAAGUAUUUGACCUCUUGUUUGGAAGCUGCCUCUUUCGCAGUGACGUUUAUGACAAUGGCUCCUCAUUCAUUUAUGACAACUGCACAACAUGUACCUGCAAGGAUUCUACAGUGGUGUGUAAAAGGAGGUGCUCACUUUCUGGAGAAUGCAAUAAGAACAAGGAACACUGCUGCAAGGAGUGCAUCUCAUAUGUCUCUCCUGAGGAAGUGAAAGUGUGCAAGUUUGGCAGUAAGAUAUUCCAGGAUGGAGAGAUGUGGUCCUCCGUUAACUGUACCAUCUGUGCUUGUAUGAAAGGCAGGACAGAGUGUCGCAAGAAGCAGUGCAUUCCAGUCAACAGCUGCCCUCACGGUAAAAUCCUGAACAGAAAAGGAUGUUGUCCUAUUUGCACUGAAAAGCCUGGAGUUUGCACUGUAUUUGGAGACCCCCACUACAACACUUUUGAUGGACGGACAUUUAACUUUCAGGGAACAUGUCAGUACGUUUUGACGAAAGACUGCUCCUCCUCUGCCUCGUCCUUCCAGGUGCUGGUGAAAAACGAUGCUCGUCGGACCCGAUCUUUCUCUUGGACAAAAUCUGUGGACCUUGUGUUGGGCAGAAAUAUGAUCAGCCUCCAGCAGCACCUUACUGUGAAGUGGAAUGGGACCCGGAUAUCACUCCCUUGCAAGACACCACAUUUUCAGAUCGACUUGGAUGGUUAUUUGCUGAAAGUAACAACCAAAGCAGGCUUAGAAAUCUCCUGGGAUGGGGACAGUUUUGUUGAAGUCAUGGCAGCACCUCAUUUGAAGGGCAAACUCUGUGGUUUGUGUGGCAACUACAAUGGACACAAGAGAGAUGACCUGAUUGGAGGUGACGGCAAUUUUAAGUUUGAGGUGGAUGACUUUGCUGAGUCCUGGCGCAUUGAGUCAAAUGAGUUUUGCAGUCGCCCACAGAGGAAGCCUGCACCUGAACUGUGCCAAGGAACAGUGAGGGUAAAACUCAGAGCCCACCGGGAAUGCCAGAAACUCAAAGCCUGGGAGUUUCAGAAUUGUCACUCAACAGUGGAUUAUACUAACUUCUACCGGUCCUGUGUGACAGACAUGUGUGAGUGCCCAGUUCACAAAAACUGCUACUGUGAAUCUUUGCUUGCCUAUGCCCGGACCUGUCAGAGGGAAGGUAUCAAAGUCCAAUGGAAACCCGAGCAGAACUGUGCAGCAACGCAGUGCAAGCAUGGUGCAGUUUAUGACACCUGUGGACCUGGAUGUGUCAAAACAUGUGACAACUGGAAUGAGAUUGGUCCAUGCAACAAGCCGUGUGUUGCAGGUUGCCACUGCCCAGCAAAUUUAGUGCUUCACAAAGGAAGAUGCAUCAAGCCAGUCCUCUGUCCACAACGGUGACGUUAGUUUUAUCUUUAAGGACUGUAAUAAUGGUGUCUUUGAUACCUUUGAAACUCACAGCCAAUGAAGGACUGCAGUGUUUGUAUGCAGAUUCUGCAAAGUACACACACCUUCACAAAAUGUGCGUGUGUGUGUGUCUGUGUAUUUAUAUGUGUCUAUAUACACACGUGAGCAUGUGUAAAGAUAAAUAAGAAUAUACUGUGUGUACAUAGAUGUACAUAUCUAUACACAAGUACACAAUAUAUAUAAAUACAAGAAAUGUAUUUAUAUAUAUGUACUUACACACAAAUAUACACAAUUUAUAUAUACCAUAGAAGGAUGAAUUAUUAUAUGUAUAUUUUUUGCUAUAAAAUGUAUGUAUUAUUAUUUCUAGGACUCUAAUCUAUAAGCCAUUUGAGUCACUGUAUAAAUAAACCAGGUGUUUUUAAUAUAAUAUAAUGGCAUGAAAAUCUAUUGAAUGACUUCGCCAUUGCAUAAGCUUAUAGUUUCUAAGGAAACUUUUCUAGGGCCAUAGCAUUGCCAGACCGGAUUAGUUUCAACAGAGACCUUGGAUUUAUAGUUGUACAGGAAAGACAUUCCUCUGGAGAUGGAGGAUUUAUCUAGGAAUAUUUUGUGUGUACCUCAGAGCUGCUUAGUGAUCGGUGACAGUGCUUAAUGAUGGCAGAGAAAGCUAAGGAUACUUUAUUGAAUCACUGUAAAAAAUUAUUUCUAAACUCAAUGGCCAAAUGCCAGGAAAGAGAUUUUUUUUUGGAACAUAACCAAAGAAUCAGUGGACAGAUUUUCAAAAGUGCCCUGUGCCCAGCAGCUCCGACUGCAUAUAUGGCCACUUACAUUUAAUAAGUACCCCCAUCUGUGAUGUUAUAUGUGGUAUUACCUGGGAAAAAGACAAUAAAAAUCCUUAAAAAAUACACAUGAAACUUUUACUCCUUUAAACAUGUUUUAAAACUUUAUUGUUUAAUACAUCCCUUAAAAUGAUAAUCAAAGCCCAGUGGCAUAUACUUACAAAUACUGUGAAUUGAAAGUUCACAGGCAUAAUGUGAUUUUGGUGCACAUGAAUAAUCAAAAUAAUGUUAGGUACUUUUUUACAUAACUUUUACCUUUUUAAUAACUCAUUAAAUAACUCUGUAAGCAGAAAACAAAAAUAGAUUUAAAAACCCCCCAACUGCACAAAAAGAGUAGAAAAUGAUAAAGGGUGAACACAUUUAUUUUCAUAUUUGGCUGUUUCAUCAGUCUUUAUGAACUUGCAGGAUUUGCUUGUUUUUGAAGUCAUUGUAAUGCAGUCAUAUGGGAUAGACCAACCAUUAUUAAAUAAAUUAUAUAGCUUUCUCAAGCCUAAUCUAUUUGGAAACCUGUGAGAGAGCUUGACUGGAUGUCUAGUAAAGUCAAUACUUCAAUUCUUUGGGUGUUGAAUUUGGAUUUAUAGUGAAGUAAUUGUUUCCCACAGAGCUACUGCCUCACAAUUUGAACUAAAACUGCAUGUCAUAGAGUCUUAGAAAAAUUCAGGACUUUUAUUCUACUUCACUUUAAAAAUGGCUUUAUUAAUUUCAGUUAGGUCUGAGUAAGCAGGUUCCACAGUCUUCAGUUAUAGAAACUGUUCAUAAUAAUAGAAGCUGUUGUGUAAGCACAUAUAUCAUGACAUCGUAAGAUGCCAGAUGCUGUGCCAUAAUAACUACCAAAGAUUUCCAUGAAUGCUUGUCCAAAUUUUAAAUACCCUAAUUUGGUCAUUUUGGACGUGUCCAUAUGAGUGUAGAUGUUUGUUUCCCCGGGAACAACUAGCAGCAGCACAGUUUGUGCUGCCACUAGUUGUCCCUGGGGAAUGCCUGUGCCACACGCCCUCUGGAAUGUGGCAGGUUACCCAGGGUGGGGUAGGGGAGGCUGGGGCCAGCUCUACCCCAUCCGGCGCCUUACCUGGGAUCCUAGGGGCCUUGCAGGGCUGUAGCAGUAGUGAUCCUACCACUUGGAGCCUAGCUGGCAGCCAGCGUGUGGCUCUGGCUGGCCAGACUUCAGUUUUGAGUGGCACACACUGUCCCCACUUGCACCACUCUGCUCCACCUUUCUUUGUGUGGGUUUUUUGACUCCUGGAUAUCCAGGGGUCAACCCCCCCCACACACACACAAACCCUCUGCAUGCUGUUCCCUUGCAGCAUGGAGAACAGCUAAAUGUGUGUUAUGUGGCAUCACAGAUGUGUCUGCGGUGCCAAAUACCUCACAGCCACACUCAUCUGGACACGGUCUUUUUGUCCCCUUUGUGUUUAUUUUCCCAGAA